CUAUCACUGCUACUAGUGCUAUCCCGCUAGCUAGUAAACUUUUAAAUUUACAAGCAACUUGGAGGUUUGAGACGAUUGGUUUUUAUAGAUAAGGUCAUGUCAUUUGCAUACAGGUAAAUAGCUAGGUGGUCUUGAAAAUGGCACCUAAGAGAGUCAAAAGCGGCACAGUCUCCACCCCUGCUGCAACGACUGUUGGAAACAAGGCGUGGGACGCUGGCCUCACUUCUGCACAGUUUGACGAGGAAUCGUGGCGGGCCAGUAUUUCUCUAGUGGUGGGGGAGCGUCUGGAGGAUGAGGAGCUCAUUUCAGCUCUCCAGCUGGCGAUGCUGCAGCCCACCCGCCGGCUCUUCAGCCUGGUGUCCAGAGAGAACACCCUAGAGAAGAUCCACGAGCUGGGCAAUCCAAAAGCCAAGAAGACCAAGGAUUCCCCCAUGUUCUGGGAGGUGCUGGAGGCUGCCAAGGCCUUGCUGGACGCAGGGGAGGAGCUGCCGGGUGAUCUUCUGGGGAAGGUGCUGAAGUUCCAGCUGCUGGGAGUGAAGACCAGCGACCAGCAGAGGAGAGCCGCCGAGCAGAAGGCUACAGACGACAAGGCUAAGAAUAAGGCCGGCGUCGCCCCACCCACCAAGGACAAGGGGCCAGUGAAGCCUCCUGCCAAGGGGGGCGAGGGGAAGAAGGCCCCCGAGCCCAGCGCCCCGUCCAAGGAGACCAAUCUCAAACGCAGGGGGGAGGAGGACGAGACCAACAAGUACACAGAUGAUGAGCCAGAUGAUGGGCCACAGCACUACAUCUUGGUGGUGGGCUUCCACCAGGCUCAGCUCCCUGCCGUGCUGGACUCCAUGGGCGUGCACGUGGCCAACGUCAUCAGGCUGUCCUCGGGGAAGACCCACACCCCUGAUCCAGGGUCCGGGUACCCACUCCUGGAUGAGGAGGUUGGACUACGGAGGAGGCAGAGGGAUCUGGAGCUGUUCUGGGCUCAGCUGGAGGCGGUGCUGGACUCUGGCCCCGCCCUCUCUAAGUUGUGGGACGUGGCCAGGCUGAGCUACACGGCCAAUCAGACGCUGCCGUCUCUGGACAGGGACAGCGCUGAGGCUCGGCUGGCUUUGGGCCAGUGUGUGUUUGAGGGGCUGGUGUGUGUGAUCUAUGACAGUCUGGACUGGAGGAGGCAGCACCAGCACUACCUCAGCAGCAUGAGGCUGCUGCAGGUGCCCUCCAUCGUCAGAGCCCCGUUAGCCCGCCAGGAGAGCCCUGUGGAGGCUGCCCAGACCCCCACACCUCAGACCCCUGGGUCUAAGAAGAAGUCUGUUCCAGCAGAGUCAGAGCCCUCCCCCCUGCUGAUGACGGAGGUGGACAUGCGUUUCUAUAGCGACCUGCUGGAGCAGAUCCCCCCUGAGGCAAGCUCGGUGCCCCUCAUCCUGCACUGCAUGCUGGAGCAGGUGGUGGUGAGCGAGGAGACGUCUCCGCCCCUCAGUGGGUCUGAUACGGAGCAGAGGGCCGAGGGCCUGGACCCCAGACUGGCCUCCCACAUGCUGGCUACCGUCCUGGCCCUGGCCCGGCCCAGCGACGACCACACGAGGCUGCAGGAGGAGUUAGGAGUGCAGCCGAGCAUUCAGCAGAGCACGGACUCUCAGCGCCCCAUGAUGUUCAACAGCCAUGACUACAGGGCCCUCAGACUGCAACUGCUGCCUGUGUGUAAAGGGUUCGAGGCGAUGCAGAUAGAGGCAGACGUGAUGAGGAGGUCUCCAGUGACAUCACUGCUCAACCUUCCUGCCUCCUCCUCCUCUUCCUCCUCCUCCAGCCACCAAGCCAGGACCCAUCAGUUAAUCCACCACUGUACCGAUGGCUCCCUGAGGUGGGCUGAGGUGGAGCGUGGGCUCCGUCGGGGUGUCCUGGAGGGCAUGCCUCUGACCCAGCUGGACCAGGAGGGGGUCCUGGCCUGCACCCGACCCCCAGAGCCCGUCCUCAUUCCCUGGGACGAACCCGAGGCCUUCGCCAAGCACCUCCACAGGCUCAGGGCCGACACACAGGGUGAGAAGUGUGACCCUGAGCAGCUGAGUGCAGCAGACAUCCAGAAGAGCAGACUCAGAUCUCUAAGGGACUGGAACUACACCGAACACCACCCUGCCCACGUCCUCCCUCAGGUCCUCCAGGUUGCCUCGGAGACGUACCGCUGCAUGGACACAUUCCGCAGCCGUGACGACACUGUGUACAUCAUCUGCCAUAAUCCCAUGAGCCCCCAGCGGCAGUGCAAGGAAUUGUGGGACGUGGCCCUCCACACUGAUGUUGGGUUCAGGAAGUACUUGGAGCAUGUGGCGGACUCAAUCUCUGAUUGGACAAAAGAGGAGGAGGUCAAGUGGUUGGCGGCGGAGGUGGAGCGAGAGCACUCCACCACAGGGUCUGCAGAUCUCCGAUCAUACUCAAUCUCUCCAACCAAGUCCCCUGUUCUAGCGGAAGCUGUUAGUGAGCAGUACAUCAGAGAAGGCUCCCUCAAAGCCUGGAAGCUGGAGCAGGAGAGGCUGAAGGAAGAGGAGCAGAUGUCCAGGUCCAAGAAGGAGGAGAAGGGGAAGGGGCAGGCGAAGGGAGCGGAGCGGGCCGACUCCUCCAAGGACAAGAAGAAGACCCCUUCGGUCGCCAAGAAGAGCCGCGAGGACGUGAGCAAGACCCCCGACACGCCUGCAGCGCCGCCCCCUGCUGACCAGGCAGGGGAACUACAGGCCGAAGAUGCCUUCGCUGGCUUCACCGGCUACAGCAUGGAGGGAAACCUGAUCCAGGUGUCUGGCCAGGUGCAGUCCCUGUUCCCCUCAGAUGGAGGAAGCAUCCAGGUGGAGAGCAUCAAAUAUAUCCAGGGGUCUUCUCUCCUCAAGGUGUGUGUGAUGAAAGACCAGCAUUGCUUCUACACACACAUCUGUCAGCCCUACAGAGGCCAGGAGGAGCCUGGUGCCAGAGAGCCAGGAGACUCCUCCCCGCGGAACAGGCCAACCAAUCAGAGUGUGACAACAGGCUUGUUCUCGGCUGUGCUGGCCAGUGGCGUCCACUUGUCCUACAGUCACUAUGGAGACACAGGAGAACACACAGCUUCAACCUUGACAUGUGAUCUGAGUGUUGGGCCUAGCUUGGAGGGACACCCUCCCCCAGCCUCCUCCCCCCUCCCCUCCUCCUCCUCCCACACCAAAGAGGGCGGGGUCAGACCUGAGGACCAGGCUAGUCAGCCAGCAGACAGUAAGAGCCCCCCCCUCCCUGCAGCCUGCCCCCCCUUCCAGGGCCUGACUCUGUCCACCCCCAGUGGUCUACUGCUGCAGGUCCUCAGAGAGGGCACAGAUGGUGUGCCCCCCUCAGAGCAGGGUGUGUUGCUGAGGCAGAGCUUCCCCCUCCGUGGGGGCGGGGGUGGGGUAGCCCUCCAGCCUGACCCCUCCCUCACCAGCGAGCUGUCCCGAGUCAUCACUCCUCAGGGAGCUGUGGUCAAGUACAUGAGGGAUGGCUCCACCCAGGUGUUGUUCGCAGAUGGCUCAGUCAGCAGCAGCUCAGACUCCGGCCCAGUGUUCCCCCUCGCCCCGGAGAUGCUCUCCAGGGAGGAGGAGCCAGCCAAGGACCCCGCCCCCAAGAACACCAAAGACAAGAAAGGGAAGCUGAGCUCUAAACAGACUGUGGGAUCAGAGCAGGGGGAGCUGGAGUCCAGAGUGGACAUGCGUAGCUCCGCCCACAGCCACAGUGGCUGCUGGGUAACGACCACGCCCUCCGGCCUCAGAGUGGCCACGCGGGGUCACACUGUAAUCUACGCCCCCCCCAAGCUGGCCUACCGUGCCACCGACCCCAUCACCCAGACGAUGGUGGUGACCAGGGAGGACCAGGUUCUGACCGUGGUGGAGCCAGACGGCUCUGUGACCGUGGAACACGCCGACGGAACCAGGAUCAGCACCCUCUACCAGCAGAGGGCGCUGGCGCCCCCGCACGCACCCCGGCCCCAGAGGGAGUGCGAGCGGGCGGAGAGCGCGCGGGAGCGAGACAAGGUGUUGAUGGUGGAGAAGGAGGGCUUUGCGUCAGUGGUUGUGUUCCCCGAGGAACGCUCCAGCAACAUCUUCCUGGCAGACGGGACCGUCGUCACCGCCACGCACACCGGAGCUUACCAGGUGUUUCCCUCUCACGGGGGUCUGCUGGUCAUUAAGGAGGAUGGAUCCUGUGUGUACACGUCUGACUCGGCCCCCCGCCCCACUCUGACCUCUGACCCCGCUCGUGACCCUGCCCUGACCUCCCAGUGGCGGAGCCCCCGCGACCAACCAGGAAGCUACCUGAUGAGCCACACCGCUGACAUCCUGUGUGAGGUGGUGGACCCAGAGGGGAACCUGUUCCAGGUGAUGGUCGACGGUCAGUGCCCAGUGGUGAUCUCCAGUCCAGUGGAGACCUCAGUGGAGGAAGAGAAGGAGGAGGAGGAGAGCCAAGAGGAAGAGAGAGAGUUGACUGAUCGUGUGAUCGGACGUAAACAACACCUUCCUAGGUUGUUCAUGGUCCAUGAGGAUGGCUCUGGGACUGAGCUGUUGCAUUUCCAGGCUGUGGAGGAUGUCCUGGACCAGGCCUACUCUGACCCCAGCAUCGCCCUGCUGGAGGAGCCUCUAGCAGACCUGGAGGGAGUGGUGGCUAUAACCAUGCUGAAACCCUGCCACCAGAGUGUGUGGUCCAGCUGGCUGAUGCACAAACAGAACCAGGACAUUCUGCCUCCCAACCUCAAGUCACGGAGCUGGGACAACUUCCCUAGCACAGAGAGGAAGACUCCAGGUCCUGUGUUUGGGACGUCUCUGGGUCGGGGGCUGAGUCUGGGAGGGACCCUGUGUUCCCGGGCCCACCCCCCACCGCUCAGCUGCCCCGACGCCCUGGAGGUCCGACAGCUGCUCCGCUACCGGCCUGUCAGCCUCCGCCUCCGCUGCGCUCUGGAAACACGCCUACAGGGCUACAUGCAGCAGGUGAUCCAGAAGGAGCUGCUGUCUGAGGAGAUGCUGCUGAAGGACCCUCGCUCUGAGGAGGAGAAGAUCCGCUCCAGCCACCUGCUCAAGCUGCUCCUGUCUCUUCCAGAUUCUGAGGAGCCCAGCAUGAACAAGAGGGCAGUGGACACAGCUGCCCUGUACUGUCAGGCCGUGUCUUCUGACCAGCAGAGGGAUGCAGCUGCUGUUGUCUCCAACACCUCACACACAGACACUGACAGUGAGUGUAAACACAGUUCUCUGUGGCCCAGCAGGAUACAGCAGUACAGACAGGAGCUGGCUGAGGACAAGCUGCAGAGAGAAGCUCUGAGGAACAGGAUCAUCCCUCCCUACUUCCACCCUGACUCCUCCCUGGAGGCUCCAGACAUGGCAGCCCUGUCCAGGGACCUGCCCCCCUUCCCCCAGACCGUCCAAUCAGACAGCCUCCUCAGGGAUGCCCCCCAGGAGAAUGCCCAGCGGCCUUUGAAUCCGACGCCUUCUCAUGCAGCAGGAAGUGACUCGACAUCGGUCGAGAGACCCACCAAUCCCACGCCUCAGACGCCAGGGGACGGAGGUGGUGCUGGCUGGUCAGAGCGGAGGUCAGAGAGUCGUAGGAGGUCUGGCCUCCAGGUGGACGUAGCAGGUCAGCCCAGGACGAGGCCGGUCAGACUCCCAGCCUCCAUCCUCAGCUCCAAACCACACAGCCGGCCCAACCACCAGUUCCUGUCUGUGGAGGAGCCAGUGAGGAGGAAAGUGAGGACUGUGUCUGUGAUUGGCCAGCAGGCCGCCCAGCGAGGGUUCGAGCUCCUCCCCUCAGAGGUGUCUUUCGGCUCUCUGAGGGAGGGGUCCACCUACGCUGUUACCGUGGUGAUGAGGAACGUGGGCGUGGACACCUGCAGGUUUACUGUGAAACAGCCUCCUCCCUCCACUGGCCUUAGAGUGACUUAUAGCCCUGGACCUGUGGCCGCAGGUAUGAAGGUGGAUCUCCUGGUGCAGCUGUUUGCCAUGGCGGCAGGGCAGGAGGGUGGAGGGCAGGAGGAGAGACGGGAAGGAGAGGUCCAGCUCUCCCAGAGCCUCCUCAUUCACACCGAGACAGAGACGCUGCAUCUGGCCGUCUCUGCCACCAUCCUGCCUGGGAGCCUGUAUGACAGGCAGGUUUCGGACCAUACCAUUUCACUCCACACAGGGGGGUCCAGGGUCCAUCUGCUCUCCUCCACUCCCCCCAUCAGACGAGGAGUGGUCCUUCCUCUCCGAACGGCCCCGCCCACCACCGCCGCACGGUGAUCUGUGAGCCAGUGAAAUCCAGGAAGUACAGAAGACUCCUAGACUCCAGUACAAGUCAACUCAACUGCGUGCUUUAUUGAUAUACACAGUAAAGCCUGUUAUGAUACAAUAGUAAGGCAUAUAUCUGGUGGAGUCUGAUAUGUUGUGGAAAAACAAAAAACAAAUGAGUUAUUGAGAAAGCAAUGGACGACAAUGUAACUCAAGCGUUAGAAAUGAAUAUGAAUAAUUAUAAGAGGGUAACAACCAGAUAAAACGAUAAAAUAAUAAUCUCUUUGAUCAUGCUUUCCCAGCAUAGCACACAAGACUGUUGUCAUGACGACACUACAGAAUCACGCAGAGUACCUUGAGGUGGGCACACGUUAAAUAAAGUGUGUGCGUGCACACAUGCAGUCACUUGUGGCGCCACACACCCACAGCAACACAACUAAAACAAACACCAUCAUCAGCGGCACACAGAUGAAGAUGGACUGUUUCCAGGACAACAGUAAUGUGCAUUGGGGCUGUCAGUAGUCUGUCUGGUCAGUAGUGUCGGGGAGGGGGGUGGCAGGACGGCGUUACCGAGCGUGCUGGAGGGUUCAUCCAGGUCAGAUUAGGGGAGUAGUGUCAUCUGAAACACUCCAGUCCUGGAAGUGAUUACAUUCAUAAAAGAUUCUACCUUAGUCUGCCCCGCCCUCCUCUAAGCCCCGCCCCUGCCCAUACGGGAGUGACAGGCUAGUUCUGCCAGAUGUGCAGUGAUAGACUAACAAAUGGAUGGAUGGCUGAUGGAUGGAUAAAAACAUGGAAGUGGAUUAGCCAGAAAGUAAAAGCUAUAAUGUUAUGUGGAUAAAUCAUACCUCCCCACACACACACACGUACGUACAGGCACACGACGCUAAAAGGGUACAGGGUGUCUGCAUGGCCUUUACAGUAGUAUAUAUUCUGUGGUUAUAAACGUUUUUGUAAUACAAAGCACCCUUAUAGUUACAAUCUCUCUUUUCCAUACAAAGAUCCGAAAUGCCUUGUCCAUUACAAAGAAAUGGCAAAUACAUCCACAGGACAAACACGCACACACACACACGUACAUACAUACUGGUUUCUUUUCUUUUUUAUACAAUUGCAUAGAAGUUUAAAAACCUGCGUCUGUUAAUAAAACAAUUUCAAGACUUAGGAAACUACUGAAAUCUUCACGUCUCUAACCGUGA